CCCACCGCUCCUUCCAGAGAACUAACGCUCCCUCAGCCUCCGGGGCGAGACCCACGAAACUCGCAAGGUGUACUUUUGAGAACUGCUUCUGCAGAGGCACUGGAGGAUCAGUUCUAAGGAAACCGCUCCAGCCUCCUUGGACACGCCAAAGACUCUGAGACAUCGAGCAACUUGCUGAAGAUCACACAGCUGUCAGUGGUGACAUCAGGCCUGGUACAGGUCCCCAGCAUGGAAACUGCCUACCUGAAGAAGUGCUUUGGAAACAGCCUGACCCAGGCAUUGGCAGAGGUGGCAAGAGUGCGACCCAGUGACCCAAUAGAGCACUUGGCUCACCUGCUUUACCAUUACAGGGAUGUGAAUAACGCUAAAGAGAAGAAAAGGCAAGAGGAGCUGCAGCUAAAGGAAGAGUAUGACAGACACCUCAAGGAAGCGAAAAUGACCCAAAUCCUGAAACAAGAGGAAAAUCAAAUUCAGCAGAAGUGUGAGAAGUGUCACCAGGAACUGCUCCCCAAAGCUCUUUCCUCAAACAAGACCCCAGCCCUACAGGAAGACGCAGCACCUCUUGAGAAGGAGACUAAGAGACCCGAAUCUCAGCCAGGUGUCUCCAGUGUGACUGCAGAGAUGCCACAACAGGUUUUCGCCUCUUAAGAAAAUGGCCUGCAAGGGGAGCUCUCACCUCAGCUGAGAUUGAAGAGACUGAGGAGGAAGCGGCAGGUGUCUACAGAUGCUCCGGCCUACCAACCAUGAAUGCCUUUAAUCAUGUGAAGUUUUAACUAUUGGAUAAAAAUGAACUCAGAACAAGAAUCAAAUACAAUAAGUCAUCAAGCUGAUCAGACUUUUCCUCCUAUAUUAUAUGAUGAAAACACCCUCCCCCAGACUCUUCUUAACUUCAGCUGUGCCUUGCAGGCUCUGGGAAUCCUUACAGGUGUCAUAGAGGCUGCCCACAGCACUAAUAACAGAUGUUUCUCUUCACUGUAUGUCACCAGUAUAAAAAUGUUUCCUUUUUUAUUGUGAUAAAGCACGUGGCAUAAAAUUUAUAGUUCAGUGACCUUAAUGCAGUCAUAUUGUACAACUAUCCCUACCAACCAGCUUCCAAACUCUUUACACCUUGGAGGUCUGAAGCUCUGUCCCGUUAAAUACUAACUCUAUUUUCCCCUCUGCCAAGCCCUAGAGACCAUCAUUCUACUUUGUCUGGGUUGUUUUGACUAUUCCAGGAACCUCAUAUAACUGAAAUCGUAUAGCAGUGUGGGGAGGGCACUGUAGUUAUCCUUAGUGUUCUAGGGGCUAGGAUUUAGUGCUGUUGCUUGGCAUACUAUGUCCUAAAGGUUCACUCACCCUCUAACAUGGAUCACAAUUUCCUUCCUUCUUAAAGCUGAUCCAUAUUCUACCUUAAUAUGGAAUGCAAAGACUGUAAACAUUUCUGCGUUCAA